AUGCAGUUCUUGUUCACAGCUGGAGCUCGCAUGUAUGCGAGACCACUUGUCCUGCGACCAUGUCUGCCUCCAUCAACAAUUAACCUGCCUCUUCCCAUCGGCGUCGGACGCACUUUUCACGACUCCCACUCGCAAGCCCAGUCGGGGCGAACACCAACACCAGCCACGGAGGAUGGCGAGGCGCAGCUUGGAUUGCCGCUGAGAAACGACGAUGCAGGCGAUACGACGGCAAGACCUUCCACCACCGACACCCCUCGCGCAGCAACCCACACGCAUCUCCCGAUUCGGUAUCCCACCACAGAGAAGCCGACGAUUCGAUAUCGCGCGACGGGGAAAGGAGAGCAGCAAUUCAUGCACAACGAAACUUUCCAGCGUAUCCAAAUGAAGGCCAAUUCUGGACUCGCGCCUGACUCUCUUUCGAACGCCAACGUCUCGGGCGCCGAAACCACCCAAGAUGUCCCCAUACGAUAUCCCACCACCGAGAAAGGAGAGCAGCGAUGGAUGCGCAGGUUCAUGUACCACCGCAUCAAGAUCAAGUCUGAAUCUAGAGAUGCCCAGCAGGCAGAAAAUGGCGCCUCGACCGACAUGGAGGAGGAUGAAGACCCGGGCGACUUUUCCGACUUUGUUCAUGGCCUACGGUCGCUCGUCGUGAACACCAACAAUCCCGCGCUAGCUGAUGGCAGGAACUCAGAAAGUGCUUCCAGCACAUCCAGUUUGCCGAAAUCCCCUCUACUGAACCCGGACAUAAUCAAUCCCAACCUUCGGCGCAAGACCAGACCCAGCAAAUCCCCAACUCCUUUUCAAAUCAAACUCGACAAGAAUGUCUAUGCCAGAGCUAUCGCAACUCCCGUUCGCAUCUGUCAAUUGACCCGAAUCGCCUUGCCAAGAUUCUUUCUGCAACAGAUUAGGCUGGUGGCCAGCAUCAAUCCCAAGAACAGGAGGCGGUCGGUUCAGUACAUACCAGGCGGAAGUCUUUUAUGGCAAGGUGAUCGGAAAGAUCGUCCAGCGAUGGAAUAUCUAGACAACCACAAUGCGGAGAACGUCGAUUGGGAUGACAAGGAAGGUGGCAUUCGUCGCUCCCAAAGUUCGGGGUCUGGAGUAUAUGUAGUCGCUCGUCAAUCUGCCAUCUCGGCUCUAUCCAGUACAGAUGCGGGAUAUGGAAGAACUCCCAGACGAGUCCUGAUGCCACCAUCACAAUGCAAGAACAAGAGGGUGGUUGACAUGUACCGCCAUGCCCACUUCUAUGCAGACAUGGAUCAGUUCAUUCUCAAGCUCUUUCGCCAACGUGUUCGUGCCAACAUACUCAGCCUGGUACAGUUGAGGAAAGGGUAUCUUCAUGAAUUCGACUCGUGGGACGCGGCGCAAGUUCACAGCCCACAAGCAUCUGCAUUUCUAUGGUUGGGGUUAGAUGGCAACCCACCGCCAGAAUUUGCAACCAUUCUCCAUCGCUCGCGACCUUUGGGUGAUCCCAAGAAAUUGCCAGUACAUAACCUCAGAUCUUUGUUGAGUAGGGAGGACAUCGAUUGGCUAAGGGAGAAAACACAGGAUAUCCCUAUUUUUUGGCGACCUGUCGUGGCGGUCAAGGCCCGCCGAAUGACGAUCACUUUGCAACAGCAGCUUUGGCAAUUGCAAUGCUAUAUAGCUGAGCACAAAGACUUGUACAGCAACCUUAAUUGA